ACCAUCAGUUCAACAAAUGCAUCUGUAAUUGCAGGUUUACACAAAAAUUCAGAGAAUUCUUAUUUGCUAUCUGUUGUGCUUUUUUUUCUCAACUUCUGUUUCCGCUUGCUCUGCGGUUUAGUUCUAAAUCCAGUCAUCUUUCAAAGCUGUUCUUCUAUUUCAGCCACUACAGAGUGUAUAAGCCUCGUCUUUAAUCACACUGACAGCAUCUUCAUCAUCAUCAUCAUCAUCAUCAUCAUCAUCAUCAUCAUCAGAUCAGAAUGCUGUGUUUGAUGGUCAUUGGAUUUCUUUUAUCCUGUGCAGAUUGUACCAAGUCAUAUGAGAGAAAAACUCUACACCAGAUGAACAGAGCUGCUUUUAAGGGGGAAACUGUUGUUUUUCACUGCAAUGGAACUCUGACUAGUGAAAGUCAUGAUAUUGGUUGGCGUAAAGAUAGGAAUGGUAUUUUUAUCCACAGCUCAGUUACAAACCAAAGUGUGUUCAACUACACAUCGAGCAGGAUGCAGGUUAAUCCCCGAAAUCCAAGAGAACUGCAGAUAUCUGAUGUACAGCUUUCAGAUAAAGGAUUAUACUCAUGUUUUCCACUAGACAAGCAGUGGAUAUUAACUAUAGAAGAGAAUGAAAUACAGACCAGCAAAGGAAGGCUAUCCUACAUAGUUUUCUCAGUAAUCACAGUGUGUGUCUCAGUGUGUCUCUUUAUCUUCUGUGCCGUGUGUCUUCACAGAAAACAAGAAAACAGAGGAGCCUCAGAUCAAACACACACGGGCAAUAAGCUUGCAAACAAGGAUUCUCUCCAUCACAGUGAGACAAUAACUUCCUGUGUCUACAUCAUGACAAGCUCAAAUAAUGUUGCAAUUGACUACAACUGAGUAAGAUAUUUUUCUACUUUACAGAGUCGCCAUCACUUCCUUCUACAGAAAUGUUUCUAUGAUGCUCAUAUUCACAGAGAUAUCAACUGACUGGCCUUUUUACUCUAGACUGAAAUCUGGAUAAAAAAGUUAGAUUAAAAGCUUUAGGAAACGGUUUUGUUAUAUGUUUGUUGCUCAAACAUAACUCAGUCAAAUGCUGAUUUAUAUUUAAAAAACUAAAAGGAAUAAAGUUUAAAGAAUGCUUAAUUAGAUUAGAGGAAAAACUGCAGUCUUGUGACAGAUGAGUCUGGCUGAGAUGGCUUUCUUCGAAUUCAAUAUUAAAUAUCAUUUUUAAUCUAUUUACAUUGACGAGAUAUAAUGAUGUUGAAAAAAGUUUCAGUAUUAUGUUCAAACGUUGGAAUUAUUUGACAUGUUUUUGCUCACAUAGCACUUAUUUCAUAAAGUGUUACCUGACCCCCUU